AUGGCAUUGUGUUCAGCACUGAUGACUAUUUUCACCAUCAAGAUGGGUACAGCAAAACAAGCUUUUGAUCAGGGGAGAUCUCCAGUUAUAAUAGACAACACUAAUACACAAGCUUGGGAAAUGAAACCGUAUGUGGAAAUGGCCAUAGGAAAAGGAUACAGAGUAGAGUUUCAUGAACCUGAAACUUGGUGGAAAUUUGAUCCCGAAGAAUUAGAAAAGAGGAAUAAACAUGGUGUGUCUCGACAGAAGAUUGCUCAGAUGUUGGAUCGUUAUGAGUAUCAAAUGUCCAUCUCUAUUGUAAUGAAUUCAGUGGAACCGCCACACAAAAGCACACAAAGACCUCCUCCUCCACAGGGGAGACAGAGAGAAAGAGUUUUGGAGAAAACUGGACACAGGCUCAGCAAAACCCAACAGAAGAAAAACAGAAAAAGAAAUAAAAAGCAGAACAGCCACAGUAAAAUCAUGGAGGAAAACUCAUUUGAAACCUUAAAUUAUCUUACACCAGGAGAUCAGGACCCAUUUCAGAAUGAAGAGGAAGACUUCGAAGAGACCAAAAGAGAAUCAGAUGGUCCAGGAAAUAAAAUAGGAGAUUUUGUGAAUGGCUAUAAAGAAGAAAGAAGGGAAAACAUUGAUCCUAAAGACAGUUUUCCAAAUGUUAUGUCUGUAGUUGAGUUAGACAACACAUCAAAUAAUCACCUCCCUAGGGAAGGUGAUGAUUUAUUUCUAAGUUUGCCAUCAAUGCCAAAUGGAAGCUCUGUUACUUGUCCAACAGUAACUCAAAAUCUUUCCUGUGUAACAAGUAACAACUGCUCUGGUAUGAAGGUAAAAAAGCAUAUUGGAAAUAGGCAUACCAUGACAUUAAACAUCCAGAACCUAUUUGCUGAAACCCCAUGCUUAUUUAUUCAGAAGAAGGAGAUGGUAGAUAAAAGUUUCUCAAAUGAACCAGUUCUGUGCCAUCAACAUGGAUCCAGAACUUCAGAUAAAGUUGUAAGAGAGGAACAAGGAGUAUAUGCAACUAAAAACAAUUAUCAGGCUUUUUUCACAACCAGUUUCUCUGGUGAAGAAUUACAGCUGGACUUUAAUAGACAACCCUAUUUUGAUCGCUGGCCUGAGGGACCUCACAAGUUUAUAUGUGAACAGAGACCAAAGAAAGAUAGAUCACAUAAGCAGGCCUGUCCUGACAGCAGGGGGCAAUUGACUAAAUUGAUCUUCACUUUUGGAGGAGCAUCAGGACCAGAAAGCAGUCCAGAAAUAUUGAUAGAGGAGAAACGACUGAUAGAAAAUGAAGAUUUGUCACCUCCAACUGAAACUUUAGAUUCAUUCAUAGAAACAGAAACAAAUAUCUUCAGAAGCUGUUUACCUCAACUGGAUAUCCCAAAAAGUGCCUUAGAAUCAACAAAGAAUAAGAAAAAGAGGCAGAAAAGGAUUCUCAACUUGGUACCAAACUUUAACUUAUUGGGACAGAGUCAUAUCAAUGCAAAAGAAAGAAAGAAACAUGGUCUGUUAGCAGAAAGCCAUGAACUGAAAAUUAUUUUGGGAGAAGAGAAAGAUAGAAUUUCAGAAAUAAAUAACAAAGAGGAUAAUAAGCAAAAACUUAUGACCUUCAAUCAUCAUCUAUCAUGGUUUUAUCUUGAUAUUAUCAAAGAUCCCCCUCUAAAUAUUGGUGGGCAAUUUUAUUUUCAUUGUCUGUCAUUUAACAGACUAAGGCACGCUGCAUAUUUUUGCAAAGACUCUGUUCCUUCUGUUGUGCUGCAUCAUAUAUCUAGCUUUUGGAAGGUGUCUUUUACAAACAAGAAACCAUUUUUGACUUUCAAAUCUCAUACAAGAGUAGGUAGUAAACUAAAUGGCGUAGGGAUUAUUUCUACAGACAUUUUAAGUAGCCAGCCUGAUACUUUGGGCUCUUUGAGGGUCACUUCUGAUCUUUACUUUUUAAAUGAAAGGUUUGGUGAAAAACUGAAGAGAUGGGAAGAACCUAAGCCAUUACAGUGCUUAUCAGCAGAGGAUAAUCAAGAUUUAACAAGCACUGGCUUUAAUUCCUUUGGGCUACCGUUAUCACAAGGGUUUGUCUUUCAACAAGUACAGCUUUUUGGAUCUCUUGAAGUUCCAGUGGAAUCCUUGUUGCCUGAUGACUAUGUGGUUCCCCUUGACUGGAAGACACUGAAGAUAAUCUAUUUGCAAUGGCAAACGUCAAUAGAGUUGAGUUCUCCAGUCUUCGUGGUGCUGCUGAAGAUCCUGAUCGUGGAGAAAAGUCAGAGUGCUCAGUGUCAACCCAAAGGAUUCUUACCCAUUGAAUACCAAAAUUGGUUUGGAUAACCUGUCCAACCAUUCUUGAUAAGUUAUCUGCAUAAUAAAAAACUCAACGGAAGAGGUAA